AUGCUGUUUUCAUCUCCAGGCAAGUGCGACGGUGGCGCCGACGUGAAGGAAUUCGAGAUCACGUCUAACGACACAACGCUUACGUUUGCAUGCAAACAGAGCGACACUUUGAAUCCUCCGUUGUUUGACCGAGUCCUCCAAGGCGACACUUGCGGCCGCGAGGCUCUGCUGGAGAGUGUUGUUCCUGGCGCAUCUCUGGUGCAACACGCGACUUCAACAGCUGACGACACAGCGGCGUAUACCCUGACGAUUAAGGACCUGCCAAAGUCCCCGCAGACACUUUGCUAUCAGUGCAAGAGUGCCGCCAACCAAAUGUCGGAAGACGCAGCGUGCAAGAUACUGAUCACUGUGAAGGAGGCGAAGACUGACGGCGAAGUAACUACCCCAAUUAUCCCUGGCGGGGCCACAACCUCAGCGCCUGACGCUUCUGAAGCCGGACACGUCUUGCCACGGACUGUUGUGUGCAUGGCUGCAACUGUCAGCGUCGCACUGGUACUGUCAACGUUGAUGUAA